UUUUAGCUUGCUGGUGAUCCGUUCUGAGGUCAGCCAUAUUCCCGGAGAGAUCCUCACCGGCGGAGCCUCGAACCCUCCGGAGAACCGUCCCAGAGCCUCCAGGGACCUCCACACGGUGGACCGGGACCUGCAGCAGGAGCCCAGCCGGCCCCGGAGCUCCCGGACCCGCUACAGACCCGAUCCACCCACCGACCCACCGGGACAUGGAGCCGCGGCGGCCAGCCUGAGGCUCCACACGGCCACAAAGUCCAGAUUUAUCGGAUUAAAGCGGAGGACGGACAGACACACCGGGGACAGAGCGGCUCUGACCCGGCCGAGCGGCACCGACACCCGGAUCCGGAUCAGCGACAGGUCGGGAUGUUUCCCCGGAGCUAAGGAGCUAACCGCGGCUAGCAGCAGCUCGACGGGACUCGGCAGGAAGCGGAGCCGGCGGUGGGAGGCUCCGAGGCGGCCUGAGGGGCGGGGGCUGCCCGGGGAGCGGCGGGGGAGCGGGACCCGGUCCAGGAGGGUCCAAGAGGGUCCAGGAUGUCGGCGGAGGCCCGGGUGAAGCGGCUGGAGGAGCUGCUCCUGCAGCAGGAGGUGGCGGGCUGUCUGAGCGUGGAGGCGCUGCUGGACCUCCUCCUCUGCUUCUACACAGAGCUGCUCCAGACCCCCCUGAAGAGGGACAAGCACGUCUCAGACUUCCUGCACUGGGUGAAGCCGUUCACCACGGCGGUGAAGGACAUGCGUCUCCAUAGAGACGACUUCGAGAUGCUGAAGGUGAUUGGACGAGGAGCUUUCGGAGAGGUUGCCGUGGUGAAGAUGAAGCACACGGAGAGAGUGUAUGCCAUGAAAAUCCUCAACAAGUGGGAGAUGCUGAAGAGAGCCGAGACGGCGUGCUUCAGAGAGGAGCGAGACGUUCUGGUGAAGGGCGACAGUCAGUGGAUCACCACGCUGCACUACGCCUUCCAGGACGACAACUACCUGUACCUGGUGAUGGACUACUACGUGGGCGGGGACCUGCUGACACUGCUCAGUAAGUUUGAGGAUCGUCUUCCGGAGGACAUGUCCAAGUUCUACGUCGCUGAGAUGGUCCUCGCCAUCCACUCGAUCCACCAGCAGAACUACAUCCACAGGGACAUUAAACCGGACAACGUCCUGCUGGACGUUAAUGGUCACAUCCGACUCGCAGACUUUGGAUCCUGUCUCCGCAUGAUGGAGGAUGGCACGGUGCAGUCCUCGGUGGCAGUGGGGACUCCGGACUACAUCUCCCCAGAGAUCCUGCAGGCGAUGGAGGACGGGAUGGGCCGCUACGGGCCCGAGUGCGACUGGUGGUCUCUGGGGGUCUGCAUGUACGAGAUGCUGUACGGAGAGACGCCGUUCUACGCCGAGUCGCUGGUUGAGACCUACGGCAAGAUCAUGAACCACGAGGAGCGUUUCCAGUUCCCCUCCAACGUGUCCGACGUGUCCGACGACGCUAAGGACCUGAUCCAACGCCUGCUGUGCUCCCGGGAACGCCGACUCGGCCUCAAUGGGAUCUCGGACUUUCAGAGCCACCCGUUCUUCAGCGGCAUCGACUGGGAGAACAUCCGCGCCGCCGCCGCGCCGUACAUCCCCGACGUGUCCUCGCCAACCGACACGUCCAACUUCGACGUGGACGACGACGUCCUCAAGAACCCGGACAUCAGUCCUCCCGUGUCUCAUACUGGUUUCACUGGUCUUCACCUCCCGUUCGUCGGCUUCACCUUCACCACCGACAGCUGCUUCGCCGACCGCAGCUCCGUCAGCCGGGCGGGGCCUGGCCUCCGCCAGGAGGAGGAGCAAGGAGGAGCAGGGGGAGGAGGAGGCCAGGAGGUGGAGGCGUUUGAGAGGAGAAUCCGGCGGCUGGAGCAGGAGAAACAGGAGCUGAACCGCAGACUGCAGGAGUCGACCCAGGCGCUGCAGGCUCCGCCACGAGGAGGAACUCUGACUCGAGACAAGGAGAUCAAGAAGCUCAACGAGGAGAUUGAGCGUCUGAAGAAGAAGCUGGCAGACUCUGAUAGGCUGGAGCACCAGCUGGAGGAGGCGGUCUCACUCAGACAGGACUAUGAGAGCUCCGCCUCCAAACUGAAGACGCUGGAGAAGCAGGUGAAGACGCUGAGACAGGAGAAGGACGACGUCCACAAGCAGCUGGCGGACUCUCUGGAGCGUCUGAGGAGCCAGACCAAGGAGCUGAAGGAGGCGCACUCUCAGAGGAAGCUGGCCCUGCAGGAGUACUCUGACCUGUCGGAGCGGCUGGCAGACCUCCGCUCCUCCAAACAGCGUCUGUCCCGCCAGCUGAGGGACAAAGAGGAGGAGGUGGACGCCCUCCUGCACAAGAUGGACGCCACGAGACAGGAGAUCCGCAAGACGGAGAAGAACCGCAAGGAGCUGGAGGCUCAGCUGGACGAGGCGAAGGCCGAGGCGUCCAAGGAGAGGAAGCUGAGGGAGCACAGCGAGGUCUACUCCAGCCAGCUGGAGGCGGAGCUUCACAGCCUCAAGUCUCAGCAGGGUCUGGGAGUGGCAGCUGGGGGGGCGGAGUCCCAGCAGGAGCUGUCCCGUCUGAAGACGGACCUGGACAAGAAGGUUCUGUUCUACGAGGAGGAGCUGCUGAGGAGAGACUCCGCCCACUCCUCCGAGAUCAAGAAGCUCCGCAAAGACCUGCAGGAGUCUGAGGGGGCGCAGCUCACCGCCAACAAGGAGCUGCUGCUGCUCCGGGACAAGCUGGACAAGGCCAAGAGGGACAGACAGACGGAGAUGGACGAGGCUGUCGCGGCUCUGAAGGAGAAAUCUGAACGAGAAAAAAACCUACUGACAGAAGAAAACCGCAAACUGACGGCUGAAACUGACAAGCUGUGUUCGUUUGUGGAUAAACUGACGAGUCAGAACCGUCAGCUGGAGGACGAGCUGCAGGACCUGUCCUCCAAGAAGGAGAGCGUGGCCCACUGGGAGGCCCAGAUCGCUGAGAUCAUCCAGUGGGUGAGCGAUGAGAAGGACGCUCGGGGAUACCUGCAGGCUCUGGCCACCAAGAUGACCGAGGAGCUGGAGACCCUGAGGAGCUCCAGUCUCGGACCAAGACCUCUGGACCCCCUGUGGAAGGUCCGGCGCAGCCAGAAGGUGGACAUGUCGGCCCGCCUGGAGCUGCAGUCGGCCCUGGACGCCGAGAUCCGAGCCAAGCAGCUGGUCCACGAGGAGCUGCGACGGGUUAAAGCUGCCAACAUCAGCCUGGAGAGUAAGCUGAAGGAGUCGGAGGAGAGGAGUCGGGAGAUGGGGGAGCAGGUGGAGACUCUGAAGAGAGAGAUGGAGGAUGGUCGCUCCCGCUCAGACAGAGGUCUGAAGCUUCCAGACUUCCAGGACUCCAUCUUUGAGUACUUCAACACGUCCCCUCUGGCUCCGGACCUCACCUUCAGAACCACAGACCUGGACUCCACCCCCCUGAAAUCAGAGACCACGACCCCGUCGCCCUCUGCCACCUCUGAGCACGAGGAAGUUAAAGCAGCGUCUGUCCCGGCGAGCCCCUCCCCCACCUACCAGGUGUCAGCACUGACCACACCAAAGCCCAAAGCUCACCAGCUGAGCAUCAAGACCUUCUCCAGCCCGACCCAGUGCACCCACUGCACCUCCCUGAUGGUGGGACUCCUCCGGCAAGGCUACGCCUGUGAAGUGUGUUCUUUCAUCUGCCACGUCACCUGUAAGGACCACGCCCCCCUGGUCUGUCCAAUCCCGGCGGAGCAGGCCAAGCGUCCGCAGGGCAUCGACGUCCAGAGAGGCAUCGGCACCGCCUACAAGGGCUAUGUCAGGAUCCCCAAGCCCAGCGGGGUGAAGAAGGGAUGGCAGCGAGCCUUCGCCCUGGUCUCCGACUGCAAACUGUUCCUCUACGACGUGCCAGAGGGAAAGUCCACCCAGCCAGGGGUGGUCGCCAGUCUGGUGCUGGAUCUCAGAGACGAGGAGUUCUCCGUCAGCUCCGUCUUGGCGUCCGAUGUGAUCCACGCCACCAGGAAAGACGUCCCCUGCAUCUUCAGGGUGACCUCUUCCCAGCUGAUCUCACAGCUGUCCUCGGUGUCUCUGCUGGUGCUGGCGGAGAGCGAGGUGGAGAAGAGGAAGUGGGUCCGGAUCCUGGAGGGUCUGCAGAGCAUCCUGACCAAGAACUUGCUGAAGAACCAGCAGGUUCACGUUCUGCAUGAGGCCUACAACGCCUCGCUGCCAAUCAUCAAGACCACGCUGUCGGCCGCCGUGCUCGAUCAGGAGAGGAUCGCCCUGGGGACGGAAGACGGGCUGUUCGUGGUCGAGGUCACCAGAGACGUGAUUGUGCGAGCAGCAGACAGUAAGAAGGUUUACCAGAUCGAUCUGAUCCCGAAGGAGAAGAUCAUCGCUCUGCUGUGCGGCAGGAACCGCCAUGUGCACCUCCACCCCUGGGGGGCGCUGGACGGCGCCGAGCCCGCCUUCGACAUCAAGCUGGCGGAGACCAAAGGCUGCCAGGCGCUGACCACGGGGGUGCUGCGCCCCGGAGGACCCGCCUGCCUGCUGGCUGCCGUCAAACGCCAGGUCCUGUGCUACGAGAUCACCCGGGCGAAGCCGCACCACAAGAAGCUGUGGGAGGUGCAGGCGCCAGGCACGGUGCAGUGGCUCGGCAUGGUGAGGGAGCGGCUGUGUGUCGGGUACCCGUCGGGCUUCGCUCUGCUGGCCCUGCAGGGGGAGUCGUCCCCCAUCAGCCUGGUGAGCCCGGCGGACCCCUCGCUGGCCUUCCUGGCCCAGCAGCCCCUGGACGCCCUGCACGCCCUGGAGGUGGGCUCUGCCGAGCUGCUGCUCUGCUUCAGCCACCUCGGCGUCUACGUGGACGGACAGGGCCGCCGGUCCCGGACCCAGGAGCUGAUGUGGCCCGCCACUCCGCUCGCAUGCAGCUCCAACUCAUCCCACCUGACGGUCUACAGCGAGUACGGCCUCGACGUCUUCGACAUCCACACCACAGAGUGGGUUCAGACCAUCUCCCUCCGUAAGAUCAGACCUCUGAAUGUUGAAGGGACGUUGAACCUGCUGAGUUCUGAACCUCCUCGUCUGAUCUACUUUAGCAACACCUCCUCAGAGGGAGACCUCACCAUCCCGGAGACUUCGGACCACAGCAGGAAGUUGAUGGUUCGAACUCGCAGUAAGAGGAAGUUCCUGUUCAAGGUUCCCGAGGAGGAGCGGCUUCAGCAGAGGAGGGAGAUGCUGAGGGACCCGGAGCUCCGGUCCAAGAUGAUCUCCAACCCGACCAACUUCAACCACGUGGCCCACAUGGGACCAGGAGACGGCAUGCAGGUCCUCAUGGACCUCCCUCUGGUGUGUGAUGUCACCUCCCUCUCCCCCUCCCCCUCCCCUUCCCCCUGCUCCUCCUCCUCCCGUCUCAUUUCUCCUCCCUCCAACUUUGAGCACGUCUAUCACAUGACGCUGGCGUCGGCCGGCGCCUUCUUGCAGAAAGACGCCUCCUCCUGCUCCUCCUCCUCCCAGCAGAGCCUCCUGCAGCCCUCCUCCUCCUCCUCCUCUCCCUCCACCUCCUCUUUGGGAAGGAGUGUGUUGCCUUCCUCUCAGGAUGACUCGGUGAAGGAUAAGCCCCGCCCACUGUCCAGUAUCUCCCGGCAACAGAGGAGCAAGACACACAUCACACGCACAGCUUCAGAUUUUGGAGGCGGAGCUUCGUCUCGAAGCAUCUCUGAACCAGACCAGGACCUGGAGCGAGAGCCGGACUCGGACUCGACGAAGCACUCGACUCCGUCCAACAGUUCUAACCCGAGUGGUCCUCCUAGUCCCAACUCACCGCACCGCAGCCAGCUGACGCUGGACGGGCUGGAGAUGGACCCCUGAGGCCCCGCCCCCUACAGAUGGACCCCCGAGGCCCCGCCCCCUACAGAUGGACCCCCGAGGCCCCGCCCCCUACAGAUGGACCCCCGAGGCCCCGCCCCCUACAGAUGGACCCCCGAGGCCCCGCCCCCUACAGAUGGACCCCCGAGGCCCCGCCCCCUACAGAUGGACCCCCGAGGCCCCGCCCCCUACAGAUGGACCCCCGAGGCCCCGCCCCCUACAGAUGGACCCCCGAGGCCCCGCCCCCUACAGAUGGACCCCCGAGGCCCCGCCCCCUACAGAUGGACCCCCGAGGCCCCGCCCCCUACAGAUGGACCCCCGAGGCCCCGCCCCCCUACACCUGACUAAACCAAUCAGGCUGCAGACAGUUUAGCUUUUACUUGAUGAUUUUAUUGUGGCGGGGUGUGUCUGAGCUUCCUGCUGCUUUUAUUUUUAUUGGAUUUUACCUGCUGGGAAGCCCCGCCCCCUGGUUUUAACCCCGCCCCUCCCUGCUGAUGGCUGCUGUGUUUGACCUUUGACCUUUAGUCUGAUUGGCUCAGUUGGGACCAAUCACCUUUAUUAUGAAAUAACUUCCUGUUAGCUGCUGAGCUAACUGUGGCUAACUUCCUGUCGGAGGAGAAAACACUGAAUUCAUUUUAACCUUUUGUUAAAGUUGCACAUCAUCAUCGUGUUGUUGUUGUUGUUGUAGGAGAAAAAUAAUCUUUGAUUUGUGUCAGUGAUGAUCUUUCCUGUUGCACCCUGACCCCGCCCCCUGACCUCUGACCUCUGAGGUCACCUGAACACUACUGCUCUGUUUCUGAUCACCUGUAUAAGAAUCUUUGUAAUGAUGAAACAUGUUAGCAACAAUAAACUGAUCUGAACAA